AAAUCUGUCACUUCUAUAAUUACCUAGUAGCCCCUGGGUAGUCAGUCCUUCGUAUACCCCUAAUAUAACACGCUCAUUCCACUCCCGAUGACCCUUUCGAAUGAUGAAACGAAUGUUUGCUUAUGAACUCGAAUGCCCCCUCCACCCCCCUGAACACUGCAAUUUUACCACGAUGACCAUUGACCACUAACGAUGAAGCAUGCGAGAGAGAUGUUCCUUUUGUGUACGAGGUAGACCUAGGUAGUAUCGAAUUGAAUGAUGUCUUUCAUAAACAUUGGCCGAUAUUCAGACGGACGGUUGGUGGGAACGGUAUUGUAUAUUGUAUUGAUACACAGACCUGCUUCUGGUCAAAACUCACUCGAAAUAAUUUUUAUAUAACCUUACCUAUGCUCGGGACCUCUAGGUAUGUAUGAUAUGAACACACGAUCUGAGCUUGGAUUUAGGUUUGAUCUCUUCUCGUCCAAGUAUUCCAUUCCCUCCACCAUCUUCUCACUCUUUUCAAGCUUCAAGCUUCACUUCAUAAUCAUCAAUAGGCUGGUCCUUCAUUGGGUAUCACAACCCAUCAUUCAUGUUGGGCCAUCGAUAGUAUAUUCAACUCGUUUCACUCGUUACCAGUCAUUUGAAACCUCAUGGUUUGGUUUGCCUCAAUCGCGAAAUUCAUUCCCUGAAUGACCCAUCACUCAUUACGCAUCAUUUAUCACUCAAUUUUAUUUUAUUCCAUUUGUAUAAUUUCCCAUAGUCAAUCAUAACAGACAGUACCAUUCAGAGCGCAAUCCAUUCACAGCACAAUCGUCUAUCAUCUUGAUUCGCCGUACCCACCUCCUUAUUAACACGACUUGUGUAUUUACCUGUAUAACAGUACACCCUUUAACUUCUUUCACUUCUUUCACUUCUUACACUUUAUCAAUCAAACUCAACAACAACAAUUAAUAGUAUCCACCAAGUUUGCACAGCCUUCGGCAUCCUGUGACGAUCCUUCCAAUCAUUUACGAGAACACGAGAUACAUAUCAAAAAAAAAAACUUAUGUGUGUGUGUGGAAGACAUCUUAAAUUCUCCAGCUACAAAAGUCUAGAAGCUUUCAAAUAAAAAUAAAAAGUACAAUACGUCUGGAUCUACGAUAUCCAUUCAGAAAUCUCCCUCCGGAUUGUUUAAUCACUUGCGACAAAGAUCUUCCGAGAGCACCUCCAUACCUCCAAUCCCUAGCGAAGAUCAUACAGGACUGGUACACAAGAAUACAUCAUGUGGAAACGUCUCAAUGCCCCAAGGAGUAGUGGUACUACAGCUCGUCAAUCAUCCAUCAGUGAACCUGUACUUGUCGAGACAACUAUUUUUGAGAAAUCUUACGGAGCGGCUGGCGGUAUAAAUGUUGAUAUAAAUAUGUCAUCUUCGGAUAGAAAUGCGCCUCAUCCGUCAAGACCGACGAGAAAUAAUAUUUCAAAAGGAUUACCACUUCUACCACUUGAAGCAGUUCCUCCCAUGCACUCGCGCCAGAAUUCCGAUAAUUUCAGACCGGUUUCUUCUGUCUACUCACAGCCUUCUCCGGGCCCUAUGAGUGAUCAGUUUCCAUAUAAUACAUAUGCGAAACCCAUGACUCCAAAUUCAGCAGAGGUUUCACCUCCAAGCUCUCCGGAAUUUGAUGGAACGCGACGAAAUCCAAAUCGAUAUCAAGAUCAUAAGGUCUCUCCAAUCGAUGAGGUACCUGAUAUUUCGCAACUUGGUUUCGGGAUGUCGAAAGAAAGGACGGAUUCUAGGUUGAAGCCACCAUCGAGCAAUAUUCCUGUUAUGCGAAGAGAAAAGAGGCGAAAUCAAGUCGCAGCAGUAGCAGCCAACUUAUUAAACCGCAAAGAUGUCGAUGGGCCAAAGGGUAGAAAAACCGCAGAUGCAAAAUGGGAUCCAUAUUCUGCUGAACACCUUACAAAGGAAAAGGGAAAAUCGCAAUUCGUCAAGCCAGCAGAAUAUUCGCCUCCUCACUUGCUAAACGGUAGACAAAUGGGGAAUACAUCAAUCAUUAGCGCUGGUCCGCAGAGACCUCAAAAUCAACCAUCUUUUGGAGAGCGUGUUCGCAAAUUGAAGAAUAAUGCCCCGGUAGAGAAACCAGAAUGGAAAGGGGCCACAGGACGUUCAAAAAUUGUUCCCACGCCGUCAGAUGAUUAUACUAUACCUCCACUUAAUAUUCCAAUUCCAGCGAGGAACGAAAAACGCAUAACAUCAGGCACAAGUACCCCUGUAUCUUCCAUCCGAAGUGCAAAUAGUGAAACGGCGGCGGCACCAAGCUUCAUGGAUCUACCCGACCCAGUAUCUAUCAAUGCAGGACCAUUGUUCAGCGGUCAAAACAAUCCACAAACCUAUAACGAACCCUUAAUUCAAAACCUCGAACCCAUUCAUGCAACUCACCUUACAAAUUUCACCGACGAUAUUACUACAGAAUCUCCAACCGCAUAUUAUCCUUCUCAUUCUAAAAACGAUUCCACAGGAACUAUUGAACGGAAUUUCCGAGAAGCUCUUAAGAAUUCUUUUCCUUCCAUCGAUCCAAACGAGCCAUACGUCCAACCACCUUCGCGAUUUAGUGUCAGUACAAAGGCUACGUCUGAAGCUACCCAAUCUACCAGAGCACCCUCUCUUGAUAUACAAAACGAGAUGCAUCCUCCACUCCCAAUUCAAUCCUAUACCAUGACAACCCAAGGACCUACUUCAAUACUCUCUCGAAAACGUCCUAAGGUCAUCACUGAUGAUAGCGCAUCCAUUUAUUCUACGAGGAGCAUUACUCGCAAAGCUAUUAAUUCAAAUAAUCCCAUCACAAUCUCUAUGACAUCUUCUCUUCCUCGCGAACACCCACCGCGCUCUUCAUCCACUGUCACAAAAUCUCUUCCCGGUACCCCUGCCGAAAACGCAUCUUCAGAUCCUAUAUCUACACUGGAAGCGCGUCUAGAAGCUCUUACACAUCGCAGACAGAAUAUUGAAAAAUCAAUCAAACAGAUGACGGAACUUAUGCCAGCGGAUCGAAUGAUUGUUACGGAAGAAGUGAGGAGAAAGAGGGAGAUGGAAAAAAAGCAGAUUGAGAGAUUGAGAGAGGAGGGAACGGAGAUUAGGAAGGAGGAACAUGAAUGUGGAUUGAAACUACACAGAGCGUGGAAGAGGAAAGAUAAGCAAGCAGGGUAUGAGGAGACAGGAUUAUGGGUUAGGAGGGUUACUGGUUAAGCUGUGGAGUUUUCACCUAGUAGAGAUAUGGAAAAGAGGACAAUCGGUUUUCAUGGCGCAGAAAAUACGCAAUAGCAAGGCGAGGCAAUUAGGAGUUCGGUCGGCGCAUACGUAGGGGAUUUUCUGAGGGGAAGGAUGACUCGGUUUGGAGUCAAGGAAAAUUCGCCCAUUGCAUUGGAUUUACAUGUCCAAUGAAUUACAUGGACUUUUCUAUUAUGGCGUGUCACAUCAUGUUUCAUUUGAUUUCGUGAAUUAGGUUUGGAGGAGUAGAUCUAUUCAGCUUCUCGUUGAUCUUGAAAUCUUGCUCACGAGGAGAAUCUAUCUCGGAAUCUCGGAAUCGUUUUACAGGAUACCAAGUGAUUUAAUUAGUUCAGAAAACCAUCAAUGGAUUUUAAUCUUUAUAAAAUCGAAUUGCAUAUUUAUUAAUUUC